AUGUACGCAACGCCGCCCAUCCGCAUGUACGGAGCCGGAGCCAAGGAAGCCGCCGACGCCCGCCUCCUCGACGAGGUCAGGAGCCGUCGUGCCGCCGCCGACGCUACCAAGACCAACGUCGUCGCCGCCGCCGCCAAGACCGCCCACCACGAGUCCGCCGAGGGCAUCCAAGAGCAACUCGUGGAGCUCCGCCGCCGCCGUCAGUUCCUCGAGGAAGAGCUGAAGAAGAACAAGGCGGCUGAAGAGACUUUGCUUCGCAAAGCAGAUCGGGCUUCGGCCAUGAAGAAGACUGUAGUGGGGUUGGCGGAGAAGAAGGAGGAGAGGGAGAGGAGGAGGAAGGCGGCUUUCGAGCAGAAGAGGAGGGAGGGGGAGAUGGGGAAGGGGCCGGUGGGCGUGGUGAAGAGGAGCCCGGGGAAGGCGGCCUGGAAGGGCAAGUUCAAGGACUUGUAG